AUGGCGAGCUCAGCUUUUUCCACACCAACCUCUGCACCGGGCACGUCAAACGUUGCGCCACCAACAAAUGUUGCGCCUCCGGAGACUACUCCUCGACCUCCACAGAGCACGAUUCGAACUCAGGCGAAUGGAGAUCCAGUUCCACCUGCGACGCCAGCGUCAGCUCCACCACUUACUCGUCCUCCGACGUUCUAUUCAUCAUCACCAGCGCCUGCUCUCAGCGUUGUCUCGUCACCACUAAAUCUCUCUCAUUGUGUGACUCUUCGUUUGAACGCCUCCAACUAUCUCCUGUGGAAGACUCAGUUCGAACACUGGCUAUCUAGCCAGAAGCUUGUUGGUCAUGUUAAUGGUAGUUCUCCCCGUCCUCCGGCCUCACUCGUUCUUCGGAUUGGAGACAACAUCACAGAAGCACCUAAUCCUGAACUGUUGGUUUGGCUUCAAAACGACCAGACAGUUCUUGCUUGGCUCUUUGGUUCUAUGUCUGAAGAGGCUCUGCGCUCGGUCUACGGUCUUCACACCGCCGCUGAGGUUUGGCUGGCCUUAGCAAGGAAAUACAAUCGCAUCUCAGCCUCCCGUAGAUUUGACCUUCAACGCAGGCUUCAAACCGUCUUUAAAGAUGGUAAAUCUAUGCCUGAUUACAUUAAUGAAGUCAAAACUAUCUGUGAUCAGCUAUAUUCCAUCGGUUGUGCUGUUGAUGAUAAUGAAAAGAUCUAUGGUUUCAUCCAUGGGUUGGGCCAAGAAUAUCAGGCUAUUACUGCAGUCAUUGAAAACGCUAUGGAUACCUACCCUUAUCCAAGCUUUGAAGAUAUUGUGGUAAAAGUUUCAAACUUUGAAGACAAGCUUCAGUCUUACGCCUCCAGCUCCACUGUUGUUCCUCACCUUGCCUUUUCCACUCAGAAGACAGGAGCGCUUUCCUUCAACAACAACAACAACAGGGGAAGAAAUAACUCUGGUGGUCGGUUCAAUUCCAACAGAGGAAGGGUGUCUUGUCAGAUCUGUGGAAAGUUGGGCCAUCCUGCGUUGAAAUGCUGGCACCGAUUUGAUAAUGCUUAUCAGUAUGAAGACGGUCCCUCAGCUAUGGCUGCAAUGCGAAUAACAGAUGUCACAGAGUCUUCUGGCCUUGAAUGGUACCCUGAUACUGGUGCUUCAGCUUAUGUCACAAGUUCUCCACAACACCUGCAGCAGUCUCAGUCCUAUGCCGGCUCCGACUCAGUAAUGGUAGGAAAUGGAGAGUUCCUCCCCAUCACUCACACCGGAUCAACUACAUUAGCUUCGACUUCAGGUACGCUCCCUCUAAUUACUGCGGAUUAUCCCUGUUCGUUUGAAUUUGAUUGUCAUGGGGUAACUGUUAAGGACAAGACCACAAAGAGAGUGCUCCUAUCGGGAAGCAGCGCUAAUGGACUCUAUCGUUUGAAGAACCAACCGGCUCAAGCUUACUUCUCCUCUAGGCAACAUUGCGUCAGUAAUGAUGUUUGGCAUAAGAGACUUGGCCACCCAAAUAAGCAAGUUCUGCAUCUUCUUUCUUCUAAUCAAGCCAUCAAAAUAAGCACCAGUAUCAAUCGGAUGUGCGAGUCAUGUCAGCUUGGAAAGAGCAGUAGAUUACCCUUUUAUCAGUCUUCUUUUUCUGCAUCUAGGCCUCUUGAACGUGUACACUCUGACCUCUGGGGUCCAGCACCUGUUGUUUCGGGUCAGGGGUUCAGAUUUUAUGUCGUUUUCAUAGAUCAUUGGUCUAGAUUCUGUUGGUUUUACCCACUGAAAUAUAAAUCAGACUUUUAUGCUACAUUCUGUGUAUUUCAACACAUGGUGGAAAAUCAGUUUAACUGUAAGAUCGGUACAUUUCAGUGUGACGGUGGUGGGGAAUUCACAAGCAAGAUGCCUCUGAAGUUUUGGGUUGAAUCGUUUUUCACUGCAAACUUCUUAAGCAAUCUUCUUCCUACAUCUGCUCUUGAAUCGUCUGUAAGUCCCUUUGAAAAACUAUUUGGGAAGAAACCUGACUACACAUCUCUCAGAGUCUUCGGUUGUGCAUGUUAUCCAACACUCCGAGACUACUCAAAGAACAAGUUUGAUCCAAGGUCUUUGAGGUGCAUCUUCCUUGGCUACAACGACAAGUAUAAGGGGUAUCGGUGCUACCUUCCCACCACUGGAAGAGUUUUCAUAAGUCGCCAUGUCAUCUUUGAUGAACAUGUGUAUCCCUUUGCUACCUUAUACCUGGAUGCUCACUCAGAAGUAUCAACACCUCUUCUUCAGGCAUGGCAGAAAAGCUUUCUUCCAGCUACUGUAAGUUCUUCAGAACAGAUUCCUUCGACCGGAUCAACAUCGUCAGCUUACUUCCCCUCUGCAGAGUCCACAGACUCAACAUCAAUCUUUGUAAACUCUGACUUUCCACCUCUGCAACGUCCGGUGUCAGUGCUCAAGCCUUCUUAUCAGACAAUCAGAGCUGAUCAGUCUACUAGAAGUGAAAGCAGGAAUUCUGGGUGUACGGCAGGCACAGAUCCUGUUCCUAUAGGCAACAGUUCUUUGCUUUCACCUUCUGGGACAGAUUCCUCAGUAUCUCGCUGUUCAUCUACACCGGUAACUCCAGCUUCACUCUCUGUUGCAUCAUCUCCUUUGUCCACUGACAGUUCUAGCGCCUUGAGUCAUAACUCUACCGCACGACAAACCACUCCCUCCCUUCCCGGUCACAAGAUGAUUACAAGGGCCAAGGAAGGUAUUUUUAAACCCAAUCCUCGUUACGCUUUACUUACACAUAAGGCUGCAUAUCCAGAGCCUCGUUCAGUUGCCUCGGCGUUGAAGCAUCCAGGAUGGCACAAUGCAAUGUCUGAGGAAAUGUCCAACUGCUCUGAAACGAACACAUGGAGUUUAGUUCCCCGAGCUCCUGGCAUGAACAUACUAGGUAGCAAAUGGGUUUUUAGAACAAAACUUCAUGCGGAUGGAUCAUUAGAUAAACUCAAAGCUAGGUUGGUUGCAAAAGGAUAUAAUCAGCAAGAGGGAGUAGACUUCUUGGAAACGUAUAGUCCUGUUGUCAGAACGGCUACAGUUCGAUCAGUUCUACAUCUUGCAACCAUUAUGGAUUGGGAUGUGAAACAAAUGGAUGUUAAGAAUGCCUUUUUACAUGGGGAUCUCUCUGAAACGGUUUACAUGACUCAACCAACUGGUUUUGAAGACAAAGCACAUCCUGACUACGUUUGUCGACUGAAUAAGUCCCUAUACGGUCUCAAACAGUCCCCUCGGGCAUGGUUUGAUAAAUUCAGCUCAUUUCUUCUGGACUUCGGAUUUGUCUGUAGCAACAAGGACCCCUCGCUCUUCAUCUACUCGAAGCAAAAAGACAUUAUUCUUCUCCUUCUUUAUGUUGAUGACAUGGUCAUCACAGGCAGUGGCUCCUGUAUUCUGCAGUCCCUUCUAUCCGAGUUGAAUAAGCACUUUCGCAUGAAAGAUAUGGGGCAGCUGCACUAUUUUCUUGGGAUUCAAGCACGUUUUCAUUCAGAGGGGCUCUUCCUCUCUCAACAAAAAUAUGCAGAGGAUUUACUGGCUAUUGCAGGGAUGACUGAUUGUUCACCUAUGCCAACUCCACUUCCGAUUCAGCUUGAUCGAGUUCCUCAUCAAAAUGAACUCUUCUCCAAUCCCACAUACUUCCGGAGUUUAGCAGGCAAGCUUCAGUAUCUAACGCUGACAAGACCGGAUAUUCAAUUUGCAGUCAACUAUGUGUGUCAAAAGAUGCACUCCCCCACUAUAUCUGACUUCAUGCUUCUCAAACGGAUCUUACGUUACAUAAAAGGGACAGUAACAAUGGGCAUUAACUUCAACAAGGGAACAGACUGUGUAAUGCGUGUGUACAGCGAUAGUGAUUGGGCGGGCUGCAAAGAGACCAGACGCUCUACUGGUGGUUUUUGUACCUUCUUAGGCAAUAAUAUCAUCUCGUGGUCCUCAAAGAAACAGCCUACAGUCUCUAAGAGCUCAACGGAAGCCGAGUACAGAACAAUGUCUGAGGCUGCGUCUGAAGUCACUUGGCUUAGUUCCCUUCUCAAAGAGAUAGGCGUAUCCAUCCCUGCCACUCCCGAACUUUUCUGUGAUAAUCUCUCUGCAGUUCGACUCACUGCGAAUCCCACUUUCCAUGGCAGAACAAAGCACUUUGAGUUAGACCACCAUUACGUUCGUGAAAGAGUUGCUUUGGGGUCUCUCAUCGUUAAUCACAUCCCUUCUCCGCAGCAAUUGGCUGAAGUCUUUACCAAGUCCUUGCCCUGUGAAGCGUUCUGUUCUUUGAGGUACAAACUUGGUGUAGACUACCCACCAACACCAAGUUUGAGAGGGGCUAUCAAUACAACAAAACCUCCAGCUCACUCAGAAGUAUCACAAUGCGACGUCGAAUCAAAACCGGCAAAGGAGUUGGGCCCAAACAAUACUAAGCCCACCAAUAAGCCCAACAACUCCCAACGGUCAUCUCUCCAGCUUCACGACAAAACCAGAGUCUCUGCAGAGAUGAGAAAGACGACGAUGAGCUGCAAGCCUCCGGUCGUUUAUGGACCCAUGGCGAGCUCAGCUUUUUCCACACCAACCUCUGCACCGGGCACGUCAAACGUUGCGCCACCAACAAAUGUUGCGCCUCCGGAGACUACUCCUCGACCUCCACAGAGCACGAUUCGAACUCAGGCGAAUGGAGAUCCAGUUCCACCUGCGACGCCAGCGUCAGCUCCACCACUUACUCGUCCUCCGACGUUCUAUUCAUCAUCACCAGCGCCUGCUCUCAGCGUUGUCUCGUCACCACUAAAUCUCUCUUAUUGUGUGACUCUUCGUUUGAACGCCUCCAACUAUCUCCUGUGGAAGACUCAGUUCGAACACUGGCUAUCUAGCCAGAAGCUUGUUGGUCAUGUUAAUGGUAGUUCUCCCCGUCCUCCGGCCUCACUCGUUCUUCGGAUUGGAGACAACAUCACAGAAGCACCUAAUCCUGAACUGUUGGUUUGGCUUCAAAACGACCAGACAGUUCUUGCUUGGCUCUUUGGUUCUAUGUCUGAAGAGGCUCUGCGCUCGGUCUACGGUCUUCACACCGCCGCUGAGGUUUGGCUGGCCUUAGCAAGGAAAUACAAUCGCAUCUCAGCCUCCCGUAGAUUUGACCUUCAACGCAGGCUUCAAACCGUCUUUAAAGAUGGUAAAUCUAUGCCUGAUUACAUUAAUGAAGUCAAAACUAUCUGUGAUCAGCUAUAUUCCAUCGGUUGUGCUGUUGAUGAUAAUGAAAAGAUCUAUGGUUUCAUCCAUGGGUUGGGCCAAGAAUAUCAGGCUAUUACUGCAGUCAUUGAAAACGCUAUGGAUACCUACCCUUAUCCAAGCUUUGAAGAUAUUGUGGUAAAAGUUUCAAACUUUGAAGACAAGCUUCAGUCUUACGCCUCCAGCUCCACUGUUGUUCCUCACCUUGCCUUUUCCACUCAGAAGACAGGAGCGCUUUCCUUCAACAACAACAACAACAGGAGAAGAAAUAACUCUGGUGGUCGGUUCAAUUCCAACAGAGGAAGGGGCUCAUUCUCAACACGAGGAAGAGGAUUUCCUCAGCAGAUCUCCAGCUCAAACUCCUCCUCUGAUGGUACGAUCAAAGUGUCUUGUCAGAUCUGUGGAAAGUUGGGCCAUCCUGCGUUGAAAUGCUGGCACCGAUUUGAUAAUGCUUAUCAGUAUGAAGACGGUCCCUCAGCUAUGGCUGCAAUGCGAAUAACAGAUGUCACAGAGUCUUCUGGCCUUGAAUGGUACCCUGAUACUGGUGCUUCAGCUCAUGUCACAAGUUCUCCACAACACCUGCAGCAGUCUCAGUCCUAUGCCGGCUCCGACUCAGUAAUGGUAGGAAAUGGAGAGUUCCUCCCCAUCACUCACACCGGAUCAACUACAUUAGCUUCGACUUCAGGUACGCUCCCUCUAAUUACUGCGGAUUAUCCCUGUUCGUUUGAAUUUGAUUGUCAUGGGGUAACUGUUAAGGACAAGACCACAAAGAGAGUGCUCCUAUCGGGAAGCAGCACUAAUGGACUCUAUCGUUUGAAGAACCAACCGGCUCAAGCUUACUUCUCCUCUAGGCAACAUUGCGUCAGUAAUGAUGUUUGGCAUAGGAGACUUGGCCACCCAAAUAAGCAAGUUCUGCAUCUUCUUUCUUCUAAUCAAGCCAUCAAAAUAAGCACCAGUAUCAAUCGGAUGUGCGAGUCAUGUCAGCUUGGAAAGAGCAGUAGAUUACCCUUUUAUCAGUCUUCUUUUUCUGCAUCUAGGCCUCUUGAACGUGUACACUCUGACCUCUGGGGUCCAGCACCUGUUGUUUCGGGUCAGGGGUUCAGAUUUUAUGUCGUUUUCAUAGAUCAUUGGUCUAGAUUCUGUUGGUUUUACCCACUGAAAUAUAAAUCAGACUUUUAUGCUACAUUCUGUGUAUUUCAACACAUGGUGGAAAAUCAGUUUAACUGUAAGAUCGGUACAUUUCAGUGUGACGGUGGUGGGGAAUUCACAAGCAAGAUGCCUCUGAAGUUUUGGGUUGAAUCGUUUUUCACUGCAAACUUCUUAAGCAAUCUUCUUCCUACAUCUGCUCUUGAAUCGUCUAUAAGUCCCUUUGAAAAACUAUUUGGGAAGAAACCUGACUACACAUCUCUCAGAGUCUUCGGUUGUGCAUGUUAUCCAACACUCCGAGACUACUCAAAGAACAAGUUUGAUCCAAGGUCUUUGAGGUGCAUCUUCCUUGGCUACAACGACAAGUAUAAGGGGUAUCGGUGCUACCUUCCCACCACUGGAAGAGUUUUCAUAAGUCGCCAUGUCAUCUUUGAUGAACAUGUGUAUCCCUUUGCUACCUUAUACCUGGAUGCUCACUCAGAAGUAUCAACACCUCUUCUUCAGGCAUGGCAGAAAAGCUUUCUUCCAGCUACUGUAAGUUCUUCAGAACAGAUUCCUUCGACCGGAUCAACAUCGUCAGCUUACUUCCCCUCUGCAGAGUCCACAGACUCAACAUCAAUCUUUGUAAACUCUGACUUUCCACCUCUGCAACGUCCGGUGUCAGUGCUCAAGCCUUCUUAUCAGACAAUCAGAGCUGAUCAGUCUACUAGAAGUGAAAGCAGGAAUUCUGGGUGUACGGCAGGCACAGAUCCUGUUCCUAUAGGCAACAGUUCUUUGCUUUCACCUUCUGGGACAGAUUCCUCAGUAUCUCGCUGUUCAUCUACACCGGUAACUCCAGCUUCACUCUCUGUUGCAUCAUCUCCUUUGUCCACUGACAGUUCUAGCGCCUUGAGUCAUAACUCUACCGCACGACAAACCACUCCCUCCCUUCCCGGUCACAAGAUGAUUACAAGGGCCAAGGAAGGUAUUUUUAAACCCAAUCCUCGUUACGCUUUACUUACACAUAAGGCUGCAUAUCCAGAGCCUCGUUCAGUUGCCUCGGCGUUGAAGCAUCCAGGAUGGCACAAUGCAAUGUCUGAGGAAAUGUCCAACUGCUCUGAAACGAACACAUGGAGUUUAGUUCCCCGAGCUCCUGGCAUGAACAUACUAGGUAGCAAAUGGGUUUUUAGAACAAAACUUCAUGCGGAUGGAUCAUUAGAUAAACUCAAAGCUAGGUUGGUUGCAAAAGGAUAUAAUCAGCAAGAGGGAGUAGACUUCUUGGAAACGUAUAGUCCUGUUGUCAGAACGGCUACAGUUCGAUCAGUUCUACAUCUUGCAACCAUUAUGGAUUGGGAUGUGAAACAAAUGGAUGUUAAGAAUGCCUUUUUACAUGGGGAUCUCUCUGAAACGGUUUACAUGACUCAACCAACUGGUUUUGAAGACAAAGCACAUCCUGACUACGUUUGUCGACUGAAUAAGUCCCUAUACGGUCUCAAACAGUCCCCUCGGGCAUGGUUUGAUAAAUUCAGCUCAUUUCUUCUGGACUUCGGAUUUGUCUGUAGCAACAAGGACCCCUCGCUCUUCAUCUACUCGAAGCAAAAAGACAUUAUUCUUCUCCUUCUUUAUGUUGAUGACAUGGUCAUCACAGGCAGUGGCUCCUGUAUUCUGCAGUCCCUUCUAUCCGAGUUGAAUAAGCACUUUCGCAUGAAAGAUAUGGGGCAGCUGCACUAUUUUCUUGGGAUUCAAGCACGUUUUCAUUCAGAGGGGCUCUUCCUCUCUCAACAAAAAUAUGCAGAGGAUUUACUGGCUAUUGCAGGGAUGACUGAUUGUUCACCUAUGCCAACUCCACUUCCGAUUCAGCUUGAUCGAGUUCCUCAUCAAAAUGAACUCUUCUCCAAUCCCACAUACUUUCGGAGUUUAGCAGGCAAGCUUCAGUAUCUAACGCUGACAAGACCGGAUAUUCAAUUUGCAGUCAACUAUGUGUGUCAAAAGAUGCACUCCCCCACUAUAUCUGACUUCAUGCUUCUCAAACGGAUCUUACGUUACAUAAAAGGGACAGUAACAAUGGGCAUUAACUUCAACAAGGGAACAGACUGUGUAAUGCGUGUGUACAGCGAUAGUGAUUGGGCGGGCUGCAAAGAGACCAGACGCUCUACUGGUGGUUUUUGUACCUUCUUAGGCAAUAAUAUCAUCUCGUGGUCCUCAAAGAAACAGCCUACAGUCUCUAAGAGCUCAACGGAAUCCGAGUACAGAACAAUGUCCGAGGCUGCGUCUGAAGUCACUUGGCUUAGUUCCCUUCUCAAAGAGAUAGGCGUAUCCAUCCCUGCCACUCCCGAACUUUUCUGUGAUAAUCUCUCUGCAGUUCGACUCACUGCGAAUCCCACUUUCCAUGGCAGAACAAAGCACUUUGAGUUAGACCACCAUUACGUUCGUGAAAGAGUUGCUUUGGGGUCUCUCAUCGUUAAUCACAUCCCUUCUCCGCAGCAAUUGGCUGAUGUCUUUACCAAGUCCUUGCCCUGUGAAGCGUUCUGUUCUUUGAGGUACAAACUUGGUGUAGACUACCCACCAACACCAAGUUUGAGAGGGGCUAUCAAUACAACAAAACCUCCAGCUCACUCAGAAGUAUCACAAUGCGACGUCGAAUCAAAACCGGCAAAGGAGUUGGGCCCAAACAAUACUAAGCCCACCAAUAAGCCCAACAACUCCCAACGGUCAUCUCUCCAGCUUCACGACAAAACCAGAGUCUCUGCAGAGAUGAGAAAGACGACGAUGAGCUGCAGUAGUACGGAGGAGGCAAUCCCGACGAGCAACAGCUUUGGCGUUUUGUCAAUCAUUGACUGA